AUGUUCGUCACCUACACUCAUCCUUCCCAAAUCAAGGAUCGGGACAAGCAGCAACAAGUCUCCUCUUUCGCAGCACGUCGACAGCAGACGACGAGUCGAACAGAAAAGCAUAAGAGGAAGACACCGGCCUCCCCAACCCGUGCAGCCGAGCCCUUGGUUCGGCGAGCCAUCGGUUUUUCGCAACGGCGCAGAACCAAAUUUGACCAUAAGAGGCAUCAAACACGGACGCCCACUGAGGCGGACAGCAGUGACCUGCUUCCUCCCCUACCCAGUAGUCUCGGAGGAGUGCGUGAGGAUCCAUUCCAGUCGUACCCUAUUAAAGCCACAUAUCUGGUGAAAUGGGCCGUCGACCAAUAUGUACAAGAUGUCGCCGUCAAAAGCAGGGAACUCUUCACUGAUGCAAAUGGCGAGAAUUGGCUGAUGAGCUAUCGGUUUUCUGUCGCUCUCCAAUCUGACCUCCUCUUUGAGUGCCUUGUAUUGUAUACUCUCUGCCAAUUACCCCCUUCCUACCGACCAUACCCUGGAAUUCGCGAGAUCUGUCUCCAAUAUCGAGCCAGCAUCUUGAAGAAACUACGCCAAAGGAUAUCCGAUCCACGGCUAUGUGCUGACGACACCACUUUACACGCUAUCACUACUCUCCUGGGCUCUGACUUCCAUAUGGCCGAGGAUGACUACGUGGAAAUGCAUCGAGCUGGGCUGAGGCAGGUGGUAGCCAUGCGUGGCGGGCUGGAAAGUGGAAGCUUCGACACAAUGACCAAAUUCAUGGUAUCGUCCACGGAGUUUGUGUGCGAUAUGGCCAUCCAAAGACGACAAAAUACCAGAUUAAAGGCCAUAACUCCCCAACUGGUUCUACGAUAUCCCAAGCACCCGUUCCCUCCCACGCUUUCUGCCCUGGUGACCAAACUCCCAGACGGCUUUCGUGAGCUGGCACUCAGUUGCAAGAUCUCUAUAAAGACCAUUGAGCUCCUGUACCAACUCGCAUCCAGAGUGUCCGGAGAGUGCGCCGAAGUACUCCCACACGUCUGGGGCCGGAGCGAGCAAUUUGAACUCAUGCGCGUCGUCGCUACGGAAGCCGCGCCAAAACUGGAACGGCAAAUCUGUUUCCUGGCCCUUAUUUUCGAACGGUCCUGGCUUGCGACAACAUCCGGACCCGCCGUCCCUCGACGGCUGUACGGGCGAAUGGACCAAAUAUUUCGGGACCACUUGCGAGAAGUGACCCGGGAUAUGAUUGAGCUUGGGACAGCCGUGGACAGCGACUUCAUGAUAUGGGCCACGAUGGUUAUUGUGACGACGGCGAAUGAAAGCAAGCUGAGCGAGGACGAAAGCAGAGAGCUCAUGGGACUGGUGUUCAUUCUAUGUCGGCAGAUGAAGAGUUGGGACACGACAAUGGAGUCUUUAAGGAGGUACUACUGGAAUGAACCCUUGAUGGCUCGGUGGCAGACGGAGUGGUCAUUGGCGAGAAGUCGCAAUCUAUAG